AUGAGUUCACAAAAGCGACCUCAUGAGGCUGAUGACAAUCAGCCUAACAGGAGGCAAGACACGGGCCCUCCAACGAGCGGCCAAGAGGACCCCUCAGCAUUGACUGAGGAACUCCUGUCCGAUGGCCGUGAUGAGAGCCAAUUACAGGGCCAAAGCCAGUUUCCGCCGGCUUUCAGCCAGUUGCCAUCUGGCCAAGGCGAGCUUCUUAGACAUGAAGAAGUGUCGUCGUACGAGAACAUCUCUGGGGCCAGCAGUUUCCUUUCUCAAAUGGCACAUGAUGAUGAAGUUUCCGAUCGCUUGGAUGCUCUCAGAGCUGACUAUGAAAGGCUCAAAACUGAUUUUGAUCAGUUCAGAUCGCUCAUGGCUGGCCGCAGCAGCCCACUCGAAAGGUCCAUUACAAUGGAUCUUAUUGAACGAGUGCAAGCUCUGGAAAGGGAAGCCAAAGCUCCCUCCAAAAGGGAUUUGCUUGCUGAGAAUCAGCGACUCAGCCGAGAGGUUGAGACUAUCAAAGCCUCCCAUGACGAGGCUCAGACUGAGGUAGCAAGGCUACGCCAACAGGUAGAUGCUGCCAAUGUCUCUCGGGAUGAAGUCGAGAGAGAGGCAGAGCGCCUGCAAGAAGACAACCGCCGGCUUGAGAUGGCGGUUGCAACCAAGACCAUGGAACUCGCAAACAUGCGCAGCGAGAAAGACCAACUCGCUCGUUCCCUGAACAAUGCCUGGGCGGAGAUAGCCUCUCUUAGGGCUGAUGAAGCUUAG